GUUCUCCGCUUGACUUCCAACCACCACCAUCUACCCCUAAUCAAAUAUCAGGAGUCGACCAUGAACUUGAACACUCGAUGUUCCAUCUGCCUCGAAACUUUGGGUGAAGACUUACCUCCCAUGGCUACCCCUUGUGGACAUCUCUACUGUUUCGACUGCACAACAUUUCAUUUCGCAUCGGAAUCAUCUGCGGCUCCUUGUGCAGUUUGUCGAACACCACAACCGCUAGAAGCUCUAAUUAAGCUAUACCCAGACUAUGAUACUCCCUCCCAACCUGCGUCGAUAUCUAAUUCUAGGUUGCGCGAAGAGGCGGAUGAUAUAGUCGAAUCGGGCCGGCAGGCGCUGUCCGCAUCGUCUAUAGACACGGACACUAUCGCAAACAUAACUUCAAGUGUACAAGGGAUAUUGGACAGCGUGACCGAACAGACACAUCCAGAUACAGAAUUUCGGCCUCUGCUUAGAUCUAUAGGCACGGUUUUGGCGGACAUACGAACGAGGGUGCAAGAACUGCAUACAUUACGUCAAGGAGAGCUUGCCCAAGCUGAAAUUGAACGUAUCAAUGCGCUUGCACGCCAGCAAAUCGAACACGCACGCAAUGAUGCCAAAGAGGACGUGAGGAAGUACCGCCAAGCCUAUAAACGGCGCGAAACCAAGCUAGAACAGGAGAAUAUCGAGCUACAGAUCCAAUUGGAGAAUGUACGCCGGAAAUUUGUCUUCGUGACAAGCGAACAUGAAUCCGGCCAGCAUGAUCUCGCUACGCUCAGAGGGGAAGUAGAGGCGUUGAAGAAAAGUUCUUUAAAGUAUCAGAAGAAGUAUCACGCUCUCCGUCAAUCUCACCGCAGUCUUAAGCGUAGUGCAAGUGGAGGACUAGAUGACGAUGACUUGGAAGUGAUUUGAGCUGAGCACUGUAUUGUAGGUAAACUAUCUCGGACAUUUCGUACCAUUGUAAUGCAAGAUCACCGCACGUUCCGUCAGGGUGAAGAGCCGUCUUAACAUGAGACACAGUCUGUCAAUCCUCCAUUGCAGUCA